GGAGAGCCGCGGCGAAGGGCGGGCGGCGGCGGAGGCUCCGCGGGCGCGCUCGCUCCCUCCCUCCAUGCUCGGUGCGCGGCCAGCCGCGGGGCUUGCGCAGCGCGGCGGCGGAGCGGAGCGGUGAGCGGCGGCAGGAUGCGGCCGGGAGAUGUCUGAGGCGGGCGGUGCGGCCGCGGCCGCGCUGCCCCGGCGCCGUGCCGGAGACAUGCGGGCGGCCUGGGGCUCCGUCUGGUGCCUGUGCCUGGCGGCGGCCGUCGGCGGGAUACCGGCGGGGCGGCGGGGCGGCGGCGCGGCGGCCGAGAGGAGCGGCGGGCAGCCGGCAGAAUACUUGAGGAGCGAGACCGCCUUUCUAGAAGAGUUGGUGUUUGGAAGUGGAGAUACCAUUGAACUUUCCUGUAACACCCAAGGCUCUUCUGUGUCUGUUUUCUGGUUUAAAGAUGGUAUUGGGAUUGCACCUACCAACAGAACUCAUAUUGGACAAAAACUGUUGAAGAUAAUCAAUGUAUCCUAUGAUGACUCAGGACUGUACAGUUGCAAGCCAAGGCAUUCCAACGAGGUCCUGGGAAACUUUACAGUCAGAGUUACAGAUUCCCCUUCAUCGGGUGAUGAUGAAGAUGAUGACGAUGAGUCAGAAGAUACAGGUGUCCCCUUCUGGACCCGGCCAGAUAAGAUGGAGAAGAAGCUGCUGGCAGUUCCUGCCGCCAACACGGUUCGCUUCCGAUGUCCGGCAGGUGGAAACCCAACUCCUUCCAUCUACUGGCUGAAAAAUGGCAAGGAGUUCAAGGGAGAGCACAGGAUUGGGGGCAUCAAGCUGCGACACCAGCAGUGGAGCUUGGUGAUGGAGAGUGUUGUGCCGUCAGACCGAGGGAAUUACACCUGUGUUGUGGAGAACAAAUAUGGCAAUAUCAGACACACGUACCAGCUUGAUGUAUUAGAAAGGUCACCCCACCGACCAAUCCUACAAGCAGGGCUCCCUGCCAACCAGACCGUGGUGGUAGGGAGCAAUGUGGAGUUUCACUGCAAGGUCUACAGUGAUGCCCAGCCUCACAUCCAGUGGCUGAAACAUGUGGAAGUCAACGGCAGCAAAUAUGGACCCGAUGGAACGCCCUAUGUCACAGUGUUGAAGUCUUGGAUCAGUAAAAACGCUGAAGCCGAUGCUAACCUAAAUCUGUUCAAUGUGACAGAACAAGAUGAAGGAGAAUAUCUGUGUAGAGCCAACAAUUUCGUAGGCAUAGCCGAAAAACCAUUUUGGCUCCACAUUCGCAAACCAAAACCAGCAGAGGAGCUCAUGGAAAUGGAUGAUUCAGGCUCAGUGUACACUGGCGUUCUCAGUUACGGCAUUGGCUUUGUUCUCUUCAUCCUUGUGCUGGUCACUGUGGUUGUCUGCAGGAUGAAAAUGCCAAACAAAAAAGCCAUGAACACCCCCACUGUACAGAAAGUCUCCAAAUUUCCACUCAAGAGACAGGUAACAGUGUCGUUGGAGUCCAACUCUUCCAUGAAUUCCAACACGCCCCUGGUCCGGAUCACGCGUCUCUCCUCCAGCGACGGGCCGAUGCUGGCCAACGUCUCUGAGCUGGAACUGCCUCCUGAUCCUAAGUGGGAAUUGGCACGCUCUCGCCUGACCUUGGGGAAGCCGCUCGGUGAAGGGUGUUUUGGCCAAGUGGUGAUGGCAGAAGCAAUUGGGAUUGAUAAGGACAAGCCAAACAAGGCCAUCACAGUUGCUGUCAAGAUGUUAAAAGAUGAUGCCACAGACAAGGACCUUUCUGACCUGGUCUCUGAGAUGGAAAUGAUGAAAAUGAUUGGGAAGCACAAAAACAUUAUUAACCUCCUGGGUGCCUGUACGCAGGACGGACCACUCUACGUGUUGGUGGAAUACGCCUCGAAGGGGAACUUGCGGGAAUACCUCAGGGCACGUCGCCCACCUGGCAUGGACUAUUCCUUCGACACCUGCAAGCUGCCCGAGGAGCAGCUGACAUUUAAAGACUUGGUUUCCUGUGCCUACCAGGUGGCCCGGGGCAUGGAGUACUUGGCAUCUCAGAAAUGCAUUCAUCGCGACUUGGCAGCCAGGAACGUGUUAGUCACUGAAGACAAUGUGAUGAAAAUAGCUGAUUUUGGCCUCGCUAGGGACGUUCACAACAUCGACUAUUACAAGAAAACCACCAAUGGUCGGCUGCCUGUGAAAUGGAUGGCUCCAGAAGCCUUGUUUGACCGGGUCUAUACUCACCAGAGUGAUGUCUGGUCUUUUGGAGUGCUACUAUGGGAGAUCUUCACUUUGGGAGGGUCUCCAUACCCUGGAAUUCCCGUUGAGGAACUCUUCAAACUCUUGAAGGAAGGCCAUCGAAUGGACAAACCUGCAAACUGCACCCAUGAUUUGUACAUGAUCAUGCGGGAGUGCUGGCACGCUGUCCCCUCACGGCGACCCACUUUCAAGCAGCUGGUGGAAGAUCUGGACAGGGUCCUCACUGUGACGUCCACCGACGAGUACCUGGACCUCUCGGUGCCCUUCGAGCAGUACUCACCAGCCGGCCAGGACACCCACAGCACCUGCUCCUCAGGAGAUGACUCAGUCUUUGCACAUGACCUGCUGCCCGAUGAGCCCUGCCUGCCCAAGCACCCCCCCUGCAAUGGUGUCAUCCGGACGUGAGGACACCCCGGAUGGAUGGACGGACGGAUGGACAGGCAGUGUGGACACCAGGGUGGGACGCCAGUGAUGAAACCGCAGUGAAGGAUCUUCCAGUGGAACUGUGGUGGUGCCUGGAGAUGUGUGUUGUUGUUGUCGAGCUGUUCAGGGUAAAACAAAAAAAAAAAAGGCAAAAACUUUUUAUGUUUGGUUGGUUUUUUUGUUGUUUGGUUGGUUUUUUUUUUCCCGUUUGCUGUAUAAAAAGUCAAGAAGCACUGUUUGGCCUGAAGGAACUAAUCUCUUGCCAAGAUGAUCUAUCAUAUAUGAUUGUUUAGUUUUGUUUAUUUUUCAUUUUUUGAGGAUUUUUUUUUUUUUAACUAAGCAGAAUGUUGAAGCUGGGGCUGCUGACCUUCCAGCCUCUGUGCUUGUGUUUCGAGUGCCAGAGUAGCCAUUUGGUGCCUGCAAUACAAAGAAGAGGAGAAAAAUAAUCUUCUUUUUUUAAAAAGAAAAAACACGAACAAAAAAAAAACAAAACAACAAACGUGUAAAGAAUGUAGAAAUUCUUUGCUUAUGCAAUCUGUACAUGAACCUUUUUGGUGGAGCUGAAAAGCCACGUUGCCUGCAGGGAUUCAUAUAUUUAUAAAAAUAUCUAUAUUUUUGUUGUCGUCGUUUUUAUAGCAUCAGGAUCGUAUUACCCAGCUACAUAGAAGGAAUCCUUUUUGGAAGAAGAUUAAAAAUAAAAAAAAAGUAAAAUGCAAGUCAUCAUGGAGAAAGGAGAGAAAAAAAAAAAAAAAGAAGAUAAAAAGAGACAGUCAAGUGGAGGUGGGAGCAGACCCAGGGACGGGCAGAGCCGGCAGUGGCUGAGGGGGUCCCCUGGCAGGAGAGCAUCACCCAUCUGAGAGCAGCAGGACACCUGGCUCCUUGGCUGCCCACACAGCAUCUCAAGCCACAUCCUGACCUUUGGGAACAGCUGGUUUUGGGGAAAAAGAAGUCGGUUUUGCAUAGUUUUGUUGGCUGAGGAGGAGAGGGAGGGGAGCAGCUCCUCCAGCUGCCCCUCCACGCCAGCGGUUUGGCUCCAUCUACGUGCAGUGACUUGGAGAAAGAAGUUACGGGUACCUGUAGGCAAGAGCCUUUAACUUAUAUCAAAAAGGUUUAUUCCAGAGAAUCCUUGUAUAUAUCUAUAAAUAUAUCCUGUAUAUAUAUAUACAUAAAUAUAUUAAAAACAAAAAAAAGAAUGUAUAGUACUAACGCGACAUAAAGCAGUACUGAGAGAGAGUCUCAAAAUCCAAGCAUUGCAAUCUAGGAUAUACUGAUCUGGGGGAAAGAAAAGAUUGUUUGUUUGUUUUAUAUCUUCACAGUUUUGUUUUAAAAAUUGUACCUUAACAUGUAUAUUUGUAAAGUUAUUUAUAGACAUUAACAUAUCUGUUCAUCGGUUUAAAUAGCGUAGAGUUACUGUAAACUUUAAAUUCCACCGAGUUUAAGGGUGUUUUUUUUUAACUUAUUAAAAAUGGAGAAAAAAUAUAUUAAUCAUUUUUUCUUUUGUGUUUAUGGGAAAUAUUGAAAGAAUGUAUAGGUGUACAGUCCUUUAACAAAUUACAUUUAAUGUUAUAAAUAUAUAUAUAUGUAUUCAUUAAAAAAAAUAUUAGUUUAUCCUGGAUUGCAGUGAGCAAAAAGUAAGUUUAUUUUUCAAUACAUCAUCAGUGGUUAAAACCAAACAAAUAGCAACAGAGAGAUGAUUUUUACAUAUUUCAGAAAAACAGGGCCAAGAAUUCUUCCAUCAGUUUAACCACUGUGCAUUAAGGGGGUGUGGGUGCUUAUAUUUCUAUUUUCAAAUGAAGGUAUUCUUUGUGGUCGAUUUAAUAGCAAGUAUGCAGCAAAGCAAAAUGACUUCAGAUGAUGUGGGGUAAUUAUUUUUUUUUCCCCCCCUUUGCCAGUACCGUUGUGUUUUGGGCUUCAGAAGUGCCAUGUGAGCAGAGUAGCAAAAAGAGCAACAGUGUUGGCAGGAUAGGUGCAACGACUGCGUAUUUCUUUUUCGUUUAACUCACUGGAAAAUGCCAGUGAUGCCUGAUUUUCUGUGUUGAAAACGCUGUGCUGUUUUGUUCCUUGAUGCCCUAUAGCUGUUCAAAAGCACAGGAGUGAACUAGGGAAUUUUAGCAUGGAUCAAGCUGACAAGGGGGAUGGAUUUGGGCUUGGGGGGGGGGGCGGUUUGUGGGUUGUUUGGGGUUUCUUUUUGUCCAGAAGACUUUAUCUACUACCACGAAGAGGCGAGGCAAAUUGCAUCCUGAAUUCUUUCUUUCAGUUUUCCUCUGGUGCAUAUUGCAUAUGUUUCAGAAGAAGAGGAUGACAGCAUCUCAUUUUAAGAUUUUUUUUUUUUUUGUCUUCUUAGAGCCACAAAAUCCUUAUCUUAAAAUAAAUAAUUUAUAGUUUGAGGUUAUUUCAGUGGAAGUUUGAGAAGGUAGAUUUCUAUAGAUUUUUGUUUUGUUUUGUUGGAAUAAAAAAAAAGAAUUUUUUGGUAUUUUCUUACAAAUGUCUGCUAAUGGUGUACAUUCCAAGUACUCGAAACGUUGAGUUUUCCUGUACUGAAAAAAGAAAAUGUACAAAACUGUGCAUGAUUUCAAAUGUUACUAGAUAUUAUAAAUAUAUAUAUAAUUUAUUGAGUUUUUACAAGAUGUAUCUGUUGUAGACUUGUUGACUUUAACAUUUCUUAUUCAAUGCUUAUAUAGUUUUAUAGCCUGGACUAUUAUCUUUAAAAGCUUAAAAAAUUAAAAAUUCCAAUUUUGUUACAUUUUAUACUGUUGAUGUUACAAUCCACAGGUUUGCAUAGCGUGGUUUUUUUUCAGUGAGCAACUCUGUUCAGUUUAUUUUAAUACUGUAUUUCUGUGCCUGACAGCUGCAGCUGUCGAAGGUGUGAGACGAACACUAAAUAAAACUGUUCUGCUUUUGUUAACAUGGCAAACUUAAUUUUACCAAAACAAACAAAAAAUAAACAAGUUUUUAAAUUUU